UUGAGCCACAUGGCCUUCCUCCCAACAGGCCGUCAUAUCUCUCUGUUGGCCUGGACGAAGCACAGCUGGAUGCCCUUGGGGAGCGAGUAGCAAAGAAGUCCCUGACAGUUUUGGAGAGGGUGAAGGCACAGUGUUGGUGUUCCAGUUCCAGGUUGAAAAGCUCACUGCUGGGUUUCUUUCCUGUCCUGAGAUGGCUUCCAUGCUACUCCUUCAGAGAGAACGCCAUCGGAGACCUGGUGUCUGGGAUCAGUGUUGGGGUCAUGCAUCUACCACAGGGUAUGGCCAAUGCCAUGUUGGUAGGAGUUCCUCCAGUGUUUGGUCUCUACACCUCCCUCUAUCCUCUGAUCAUCUACUUCAUCUUCGGCACUUCUCGACACCUCUCCAUGGGUUCCUUUGCUUUAUUAGCCAUCAUGAUCGGGGCUGUGACGGCCAACGUGGAGUUGCAUAGUGAAGAGAGUGAGAUUGAUGUUGAAGCAACCAAAAUCAACAUGACAGUGCAGCUCACCUUCCUCUGUGGCCUCAUACAGCUCCUGCUGUACCUACUGCAAUGUGGUGGGGUGUGUCGCUGGCUGUCUGAUUGUGUGAUCAGAGGAUACACCACAGCAGCAGCUCUGCAUGUGAUCGUCCUGCAGCUGCCUCUGAUGACUGGGAUACCUGCUCAGAGACACACCGGACUGCUGGCUUGGAGUUGGACGUUAAAGGAUGUCCUUAACGGAGUCAGCAGUGCUGUACCAGGAGCCCUGUCAGUCUCUGCGGCUUCCAUGGUGAUGCUCAUUGGAGGCAAGAUGCUGAAUCAGCGUUUUAAGAACAAGUUGCCUAUAGCCAUACCAUGGGAACUUAUACUGAUUGUCCUGUGCACCGUCCUGUCAGUGCAGAUGGAUCUGGCAGGACAGUACAGAGUCCAGGUGGUUGGACACAUACCCAGUGGCCUUUCUUUACCAGUCCUUCCCUCUCUCUCUCAGGCUAGAGAGCUGUUCAUACCAGCUCUGUGUGUGGCUCUUGUUGGCUUUAGUUUCCUCUCAGCUAUGGGCUCAGUGUUUGCCCGAAAACACAACUAUCAAGUGGACCCGAGUCAGGACCUGCUGGCUCUGGCUCUGUGUAACACCAUAGGAGCAACGUUCCAGUGCUUUGCAGUCAGCUGCUCUUUCUCUCGCAGUAUGGUUCAGGAUAGUAUUGGUGUCAAAUCACAGAUGGCAGGUCUGGUAUCAGCUUUGGUGAUCUUAACUAUUUUGUUGGAGAUUGGUCACCUCUUUGAGCAGCUGCCAAAGGCAGUGUUGGCAGUGAUCAUCACAGUGAACCUACAGGGCAUGCUGGCUCAGUUCAAAGACGUGUGUGUGCUCUGGAAGGCUGACAGAUUAGACCUGCUGGUGUGGACGGCAUCACUGAUCUCCACGCUGGUCUUUAACCUGGACCUGGGUCUGGCCUUGGCUGUGGUUUUCUCUCUGCUCACACUCGUCUACAGGACGCAACACUCCUCCACUGUUGUUUUGGGUCAUAUUCCGGGUACAGACUGUUACAGAGAUGUGGAACUUUACUCUGAGGCACAGCAAGUUCCUGGUGUGACUUUGCUCUCCUUGUCCUGCCCUGUAUACUUUGCCAACUCUGAAUUGGUCUUCACAGAGAUCAGACAGGCAGCGAGCCGAGCUCAGAGCGAGAACCCAGCUCGAGGCUCCUCCUCUGCCUCAGUCUCAGCCCAGACAUGGACGUACACUCACUGCUUGGUUCUUGACCUCAGCUCGGUCAGCUUCAUGGACUCUGCGGCGAUGAAAUCCCUUUGUAAGACGAUAGAAGACUUGGAGGUCCAGGAUGUCUGUGUGUUUCUGGCAGCAUGCCCAGAGAGUGUGUUAUCCCAGCUCCAGACUCAGGGUCCUGUACCCGAUGUCCUGCCCAGCCCUCGUCUCUUUCCGUCAGUCCAUCACGCUCUCCAACGGUGCCACAGCAUCUUGCCGAGGCCUCUGGAGGAAAUCAACUCAGAUGCAAGUCAAUGUUGAACCUGCGGCAUGAAUGCUGAAACUACAGGACAAUUUUGUGAUCUCAACAUGAAAAGAGGACAGAAAAAAGAAGUGAUACUUUGGAAAGAUCACCUUGACACCACUCCGUUUAAAAAAGAGAAAGGCAUUUUUAAAACGUUCACAUUUUCUAUAUUUUAUACACUACAUUUGUAACAUAUUUUCAGGCAAUAAAUGUAACUUUUCCUAA